AUGUUUAGUAACAUACAGGGGUAUCUUGAGCUUGUGAAAUUCAAGCUUACUGAGUUCUACGAAAAGGUAUUUCAAAAUUUCAUCAAAUCUCUCUUUGGAAAGCCUUCUUCGAUUCUCUUCCUUGGUAUAGACAAUGCAGGGAAGACCACCUUGGUGAACAAAUUGAAAAGUGAUUCAACAGAUGUCUAUAUGCCUACUCAUCAUCCCAGCACUUCCUAUAUAGAGAUAGGAAAUUUGAAGGCACAGGUUAUUGAUCUUGGAGGGCAUACAGCAGCAAGACUUGCAUGGAGAGAUUACUUUUAUGAUUGCCACGGAAUUGUGUUUAUAGUUGAUGUUCAUGAUGUAGAAAGAUUUUUAGAAGUAAAAGAAGCAUAUGAGACUGUAAGAGCUCUGGAAAAAAAGGCACCAAUAGUUGUACUUAUGAAUAAGAUCGAUCUUGAGGGACAUACGCCGGAAACUGCCGAGGCUGAUUACCAAUGGAAAUCCUGGCUUGCUCAGGAGACUGGAAUCGAAGAUCAGGAGGACCCGGAAAAGGGACAGGUUGUAAAGAUUUUCUACGUUACUAUAACAAGCGGAAGUGCUAAUAGCAUAACCGGACCUCUUGCACGAGCUUUUAAAUGGUUGGAAGCAAUGAUUAGCUAUAAUAAUAAGAAGGAAUCUUUAUGA